GCGUCGCCCGCCCGCCGCUUUUACUCUCCUGUACAGAUAGCGCGUUCGCGAAACCAGCGUGGCGCCCAACAGAGGAGGAAGGCUACAACAUCUACGAAUCUGUGGCUCUGGGAGCAUCGCCGACCGCCAAGCAAAGGCAUGUCCUCGAGCGCCCACGAUCCCGCUCAGCCGCCGGCCGACGUCGAUGACAUCGAGAAGCUGGCCAUGGCCAACCUGGAUCCCGUGGUGCGGACCUUUAUUCAGACCGGAUACGGUCGGGGCCUGACAGUACGCGAAAAUCGCGAGGCUUUCGACAGGUGGCGAUUCCUACCCAGAGUGCUCUCGGGCUCUUCGAAGAGGAACACCCAGACGACUCUGCUGAACAGGGUUGUGUCCUUGCCUGUCGGCAUCGCUCCGACGGCGGCCCACUGCAUCGUGCAUCCCGAUGCCGAGCUCGCCGUUGUGAGAGCGGCUCGUGAGGCAAAGACCGUGAUGGCUGUCAGCGUGGUGCACUCCGCUUCGCUGGAAGAGGUGGCAGCCGCCGCAGGGCCCGACGCCGUCCUCUGGGCGCAGCUGGAUAUCCGCAAGGACCGCUCCAUAACGCUGGAGGAAGCCCUGCGCGCACAGCGCUGCGGCUUCGCAGCGCUUGUCGUGACGCUAGACGCUCCCCUUGUCGGACGCAAGGCCGCACCUGGGGUCACCGACCCAGUGGCAGAAGCCUUCGGAGAGACCUUCUUGCGUCUUCGAGGUGGCACGCCCGGCCAUGAGUGGGACCCGUGCCAGAGCUGGGAUGACAUCGACUGGCUGCGCAAGAAUGUGGACCUACCUCUAGUCAUCAAGGGCAUCCUCAGAGCCGAUGACGCUGUGAAAGCUGUGGAUCACGGUGCUUCCGCAAUCGUCGUGUCCAACCACGGUGGUCUUUACAUGGACGGCGUUCCUGCUACGCUGGAGGUGCUGCCGGAGUUGGUGCGUGCCGUGAGUGGGCGCUGUGAAGUCUAUAUGGACGGCGGCAUCCGGUGUGGCGGCGAUGUGGUCAAAGCGUUGUCCCUAGGAGCCAGAGCAGUGUUCAUCGGCCGGCCAAUCUUCUAUGGUCUGGGAUACAAGGGUCAGCAGGGAGUCACCGAAGUACUCGAGUGCAUCCGCCGGGAGCUGGACAACUGCCUCGCACUAAUAGGUUGUUCCGACGUGGAAAAGCUACACCCUGGCUUCCUGAGGCGCAGCGCCGUUUCCUUCCACGAGCACACCAGCUCUACACCACACGACUUUGCCACACGUUUCUCUUCAUGAAAAACUGAAAUAUUGUGAAGCA